AUGGUUGAGGGUCAUCAAGUUGAUGCAUUUAUAUUGUUGGAAGAAAAUAAUGUGGAUGAAGAGAAUGAUGAGUUUGGAUCCGAGGACAAUAUCAUAUCAAAUGAUGAGAAUGAUAUGGAUGACGAGCAUAGAGAGUUUGAAUAUAUCAUUUUUUUGGCAGCAUUGGAAUCGCCGAAAGUGCAGUUGGCAGCAUUGGAAUCGUCGAACAUGCUCGACGCAUGGGGAACUCACGGUCCGGGCAUUCGUGCUGGAACCUUCGUUGGCGAUUAUGGCCUAGGUGACAAUAGAACUCCAUUUGUUUCAUGUUUGAAGAACCUGAAUUCCAUUUCAAAAAUCAUGCCUAAUGAAAAACAAAUCGAGGCAAUACUUCAAGUUUACUCGCCAAAUCUAUACCUACAUUCUGAUGAAGAAUACUUACCUUCUUCGGUCAAUUGGUUUUUCUCCAAUGGAGCAUUACUAUACAAGAAAGGCGAUGCGUUAAAUCCUAUUCCAAUACAACAAAAUGGCACUAACCUUCCUCAGGAUCAGGUCUAUGAUGAUGCUUAUUGGAUAGACUUACCAGUUGAUGAUGAAAACAAAGAUAGGGUCAAACAAGGUAAUCUUGAGAGUGCAGAAUCUUAUGUACAUGUGAAACCAAUGUUUGGAGGCACCUUCACUGAUAUUGUAAUGUGGAUUUUUUACCCUUUUAAUGGACCUGCAAGAGCAAAAUUAGAGUUUCUAGAUAUUAAACUAGGGAAAAUAGGUGAACAUGUUGGUGAUUGGGAGCAUGUGACACUAAGGAUAAGUAAUUUCGAUGGUCAACUAUGGCAUAUGUAUUUCUCACAGCAUGCCAAAGGUGAAUGGGUUGAUUCAUCUAAACUUGAGUUCCAAAAUGACUCAACAAAAAGACCUAAUGUUUAUGCUUCAUUGCAUGGCCAUGCAGCAUAUCCACAUGGUGGUCUUGUUCUAAAUGGGAAAAAUGGAGUAGGUAUAAGAGAUGAUACUGAUAAAGGUAGUAAUGUUAUGGAUAUGAGAAAAUAUGCGUUGAUUUUUGCAGAUUAUUUAGGGUCUGUUGAAGAGCCAGCAUGGUUGAAAUUUUUUAGGGAAUGGGGUCCAAGAGUUGACUAUAAACUAGAUGAAGAAUUGAGAAAAUUGGAGGAGUUUUUGCCUGGGAAGCUAAAAGAGGGUUUUGAAAAUAUUAUUAAAGGUUUGCCAAAAGAACUGCUUGGAGAGGAAGGACCGACAGGUCCAAAGGUAAAGAUUACUUGGAAUGGUGAAGAAAUUUGA